AUGCAAAAGGCACAUGGAUUGGGCAAUUCUAAUAUCACUUACAGGGCAACAUUCCCUGCAACAUCUCGAAUUCGUUUCUUUUGUACAAAUAACACAACUGAGUAUGAAGCUUGCAUCAUGGAUCUAAAUUUGGCUAUAGAUUGGGGUGUGCAAGAAUUGGUUAUGUUCGGAGAUUCUGAUUUGCUUAUUCGACAAGCUCGAGGCGAAUGGAAAAAUCGAUACCUCAAUGUUCUUUCAUACAAUGUGUGGAAGAUCUUAGCAAAAGGUUCAGAUGCCUUGGCCACUUUGGCCUCAAUGCUUAUAUAUCCUGGAAACACUCACAUCACUCUCUUGGACAUUCAAGUUCGGGACCAACAUGACUAUUUUAAUACAGUGGAAGCAGAACUAGAUGGAUAUCACACAACAAUGUGCACCUCGAUUGGUGCAAAUCCAUAUUUGCGGGUGUGUGGGAUUGAGGCUGCGAUUCUAGUGGAAGUCAAAAUUCCAUGUCUUCAAAUUCUUAUCGUGGCUGAAUUUGAAGAUAUUGAAUGGGUAAAAACUCGACUAGAACAACUCGCAUUAAUAAAUGACAAACGAUUUAAAACCGUCUAUUUUGGUCAACUGUAUCAGCAAAGGAUGGCUCGAAUGUACAACAAAAAGGUACAUCCAAGACACUUUGAAGUAGGUCAACUGGUCUUAAAGCGUAUUAUUCCGCACCAAGAAGAAGCCAAUGGAAUGUUUGCUCCAAUUUGGCAAGAUUCAUAUCUUAUCAAGAAAGUGUUGUCCAAAGGAGCAUUGCACCUUACUGAUGUGAAGGGAAAAAUCAUAAGCAUAAUUGUUAAUGUGAACACAGUCAAAAGAUACUACAUCUAA